AGUGUGCUGUCAGCGGUGGUGCUAUCACUCAUCCCCAUGAUCCGCCCCUUCUCCUGGCAAUCCGUGCUUCUGCCCAUUCUGCCCAGCCAGCUCCUCACAUUCCUUGAUGCGCCCGUGCCUUUCCUCGUGGGCAUGCAGUACAAGACAGGGGAGCUCAAGGACCGAGCCACCAACCUCAUUCGAGUGAACAUUCCCAAGGACAAGGUGAAGGUGCCCACAUACCUGCCGCGCCUGCCCGACGAGGUGGACCUGUACAGCCGCCUUGAGCCCUACCACUCUGCUCUCGCCUCCAUACCUCACACUGACAAGCGCCCCAUGUACCGCACCACUGAGGACCAGGUGGCGGCAGCGGAUGGCUUUCUGCUGACGCUGAGGAGCUACAUCGACACCUUCUGCACCGACGUGCGCAUUCACACCAUCACCAGCGUCAAUGCGGGCGGGCAGCGGGUGUCGCUUCUCCUCAAGGAGAGCUUUGUCAACGGCUUCCCAGAGGAUGACCAGGAAUUCUUUCAGGUGUUCGCUGGCACCCAACUCUUCACCAUGCAUAUCGAUACAUUGCUGGCCUCCGAUGAGGUUAUAACAAUGGCGUUUCGACGUGUGCUUAGCCGCGUUGCGUCGUCUGUCCGACAGGCCACUUCCAAGCCCGGCGGAGUUCUCAAGGGAGUGGAGGACGCCGCGCCGCACCGCCUCUCCUCCACGUUGCCGCAGCGCGUGCCGGAGUUGGUGGACCUGCGCGAGACGAUGGAAGAGGUGGUGCCGGAGCAGCGCGCGCGACUCGCGGAGAUUAAAGCCAAGUACGGCGACAUGGUCUUGGGUGACGUCACCGUCAACAUGGCGGUGGGCGGAAUGCGCGGCAUCAAGGGCCUUCUCUGGGAGACGUCACAGCUCGACCCGCUCCAGGGCAUAAAGUUCCGCGGGCUGUCCAUACCUGAGUGCCAGGCGCAGCUGCCCUCCGCGCUCGACGGCGGCCAGCCGCUGCCCGAGGCGCUGCUCUGGCUGCUUCUCACGGGCGAGGUACCCACGGAGGAGCAGGCGGUGUCACUCGCUGUGGAGCUGCAGGACAGAGCGCGACUGCCAGACGCGGUGUGCCAGGUGAUAUGGUCGCUCCCCCCAUCACUCCACCCAAUGGCCCAGCUCUCCAUAGCCGUCCUCGCCCUGCAACGCACUUCCAAGUUCGCUGCCGCCUACCACCGCGGCACGCACAAGCGAGACCUCUGGCGCUACGCACUAGAAGACAGCCUCGAUCUGAUUGCCGCCCUGCCGGAGAUCGCCGCCCGGAUCUACAACCGCAGCUGCAAGGAGGGCGGCGCGCGGCCGGGCGUGCGGGCGGCGCGGGAGGAUCUGGACUAUGCGGGGAAUCUAGCGCACAUGAUGGGGUUUGACGAUGAGCGCAUGGACGAGCUGCUACGGCUGUACCUCACCAUUCACGCGGACCACGAGGGCGGCAAUGUGAGCGCGCAUGCCACCCACCUGGUCGGGUCGGCGUUGUCCGACCCUUUCCUCGCCCUCUCUGCUGGUCUCAACGGGCUCGCUGGCCCGCUACACGGGCUGGCCAAUCAGGAGGUGCUGGGGUGGUUGCAUGCACUGAGAGCGGAGUUGGGCGAGAGACCUAGCAAGGAGCAGCUGGGGGAGCACGUGAGGCGGGGGCUGGCAGCAGGGAGGGUGGUGCCGGGGUAUGGGCAUGCGGUGCUGCGCGUGACUGAUCCGCGCUACUCGUGCCAGCGGGAGUUUGCUCGGCAGUAUAUGGCGCACGACCCCAUGGUGCAGCUGGUAUCAGACCUGUAUGAGGUCGUGCCGCCCAUACUGCAGGAGACGGGCAAGGUGCAGAACCCAUGGCCCAACGUGGACGCGCACAGUGGCGUGCUGCUGCAGCACCUGGGGUUAACCCACGCCAACUUCUACACCGUGCUGUUCGGCGUCUCUCGAGCCAUGGGCGUUCUCUCUCAGCUGGUGUGGGACCGGGCCUUGGGAUUGCCAUUGGAGCGACCCAAGAGCAUCACCAUGGACUGGAUUCAGCAGCAUGCAGCUGACACAGGCUUUAAGGCCAACUCUCACACACACACACAUGCCCCCAAGGCUGCAGCAUGA